AUGGCAAGGCCUGGUUCAGGAGUGCUGGUUUCGAUGGGAGGGGGGCUGGGCUACCACCCUCAGAGCAUGGCCCGGGUGGUCGUCUGGGAGUGGCUGAAUGAACACGGGCGUUGGAGGCCAUAUAGUGCCGCGGUGUGUCAUCACAUCGAGAACGUUCUGAAGGGCGAUCCGCGAGGGACCGCCAUCCUGGGUCAAGUGGACGCUCAGCUUGCACCCUAUGUCAUCGAUCUGCAGUCCAUGCACCAGUUCAGACAGGACACGGGCACCAUGCGGCCAGUGCAGAGGAAUUUCUACGAGCCGUCCUCGGCUCCAGGGAAAGGCGUGGUUUGGGAAUGGGAGAACGAUAACGGAUCGUGGACUCCGUACGACAUGGAGAUCUGCGUGACCAUCCAGAACGCCUACGAGAAGCAACACCCGUGGUUGGACCUCAGCUCCCUAGGGUUCAGCUACCUGGUGGAUUUCAACAGCAUGGCGCAGACGAACCGCCAGAGCCAACGACGUCGCAGGAUCCGCAGGAGGAUGGACCUGGCCUACCCCUUAAUCAUGGGCUCCAUCCCCAAGUCGCAGUCCUGGCCCGUGGGCGCCAGCUCGGGCACUCCGUGCACCUGCCAACAGUGCCUGCUGGUUCACAGCACCCGCGCCGCCUCCAAUGCCAUCUUGGCAUCGCAGCGACGGAAGCUGUACGGGGCGGGCGCCGGAGGCGGGCAAGCCGGGACGGACGGCGCGCUGACGAUCGUGCGGCAGAGCAACACCUUCGCCGGGACCUCGCUGUGGUCGCCCGCGACGACCGCGGCGGGCGGCAAUGGCAACAGCGCGGCGGUAGGCGGGGCGGGCGGGCAGGGCAAGGCCGAUCAGAUGCAGGUGCCAAUCGCCGGCGCCAACUUCUCGUGCGGUCCGGCUUUGGCAAACGCGCUCACCAUCAACGGGCAGAAUAACCUGAACCGGCCGGGUACCCAGCGCAUCACUAUGGCAACCAGCAGAGGGACCAUUCCCCCAGGGGUUCCUGCACUCCCAGUGAAGAAUCUAACUGGUUCUGGACCUGUCCAUCCUGCGUUGGCAGGAAUGACGGGGAUUCUGAUGUGCGCGGCUGGGCUGCCUGUGUGCCUGACCCGAGCACCCAAACCCAUCCUGCACCCCCCACCAGUCAAUAAGAGUGACAUGAAGCCUGUUCCAGGAGUGAACGGCAUCUGUCGCAAGACCAAGAAGAAGCACCUACGGAGAGGUAAGAACCCAGAGGAUGUAGUGCGCCGAUACACAGACAAAAUCAAAACAGCUCCAGACGAGGACUGCACAAUCUGCAUGGAGAGGCUUGCGACGGCAUCUGGCUAUGAGGGCGUUCUUAGCCAUAAGGGCAUUAAGCCUGAACUGGUGGGCAAACUGGGCAAAUGCGGGCACAUGUACCAUCUUCUCUGCCUGGUGGCCAUGUACAACAAUGGCAACAAGGAUGGCAGUUUGCAGUGUCCCACCUGUAAGACCAUCUACGGAGAGAAGACAGGGACUCAGCCCCCUGGGAAAAUGGAGUACCACGUUAUUCCUCACUGCCUGCCCGGUUACCCGGAGGUCAAAACCAUACGCAUCGUUUACGACAUUCCCGCCGGCAUACAGACCAAUGAGCAUCCAAACCCAGGGAAGAAGUACACAGCGCGAGGAUUCCCCCGACACUGUUACCUCCCAGACAAUGAGAAGGGAAGGAAGGUGUUGAAGUUGUUGAUCAUGGCUUGGGACCGGCGUUUGAUUUUCACCAUCGGCACGUCCAGCACCACGGGCGAGUCGGACACCGUAGUGUGGAACGAGAUUCACCAUAAGACUGAGUUCGGCUCCAACCUGACGGGCCACGGGUAUCCAGACCCCAACUACCUGGACAAUGUGCUGGCGGAACUGGCCUCGCAAGGGGUGGGAGAGGACAACCUGAAAGACUGA